AUGCUGGUACAGUAACAUGGCGGUCUGAUGUCAGCAGAAUGUGAGUUUGUGCAACCGGAAUCAGUGGAAACUACACUGGAGAUGAAUAUAUUUUUCCGUUUAAGAAAGAAUAAGGGCUGGACCCGUGUGCCCGGUACGUUUUUACGGCUGCAGUGAUUCUCCACAGUGUCGAUCUCGACAGCAGAGUUUGGGAUUCGAUCCCGGUGGCCGGAGACUAGCCUCCCGAAUUCGGUACGAGGUGUUUCUGCCUUCGCCACCAAGGAGGGAACCUCGACAAAAUGCAGGGCCGUUGAAUUGUGACUGACAACUUUGACUCAGUCAGUCUACACCAGCGGAGGAAACACAGCAUCAAAGUUAGACACAACUCGCUCCCUACAUGAGGAGGCAUUUGACAAGACCACCACAGCACAAGAAACCCAGGGCCUAUGGAUCCCAUUGACUCCAAGCAAGGGCCAGGGAAGCCAACAAAGCAGUGUUGCGAUUUAACACCAAGUUCCAGAGGACGACAACGAAGGAAAAAUCCAAAAUAUUUAGAUUAUGAAACUGAUGGCACACUUGAUGAGGUAAAACCACAUAGACGGAGCUCAGGAGAAGGGCGUGGAGCAUCUCGUCAAAGGUCUCCAGCCAAGAGUAGAAAGGCUAAGAAUGCCACACAGCAGACUGACGAUGGGGAAGAAGAAGAUGCAGACAACAAAACAAAUCAAGAGUCUGGUGGUAAAACUUCAAAGGAAACUCCUAAAAAGGCAGCGAGAGCCAAAAAGACCCCGAGAAAAAAGACUCCUGCCAAAAGAGCUCCUGCUAAAAGAACUCCUGCCAAAAAAUCUCCCAUCACAGAUGGGGACCUCCCAACUGGGGAGGGUGGAGUUGUAGUCACCGUUCAGCAGGAAAAUGGGACGCCAAAGCCAAAGAGAAAGUAUGUGAGGAAGAAGCUCGCACAGGAACCAGUUACAGAACCACCAUGUGAGGAGGCUCAAGAGAAACCUCCAUCUGAACCCGAGGAGGAAACCACACCUGGUGGGCGCCGCAGGAGAGGUGCUGCUAAAGCGGCUUUGAAGUACCUCCAAACUUUGGCAAAAGAAGUGUUCAGUCAUCCUAACGAUGAGUCGGGUGCUCAGGCGGGGGCCAACAGUGAUAUCACCCACACAGACCCAGACUCGGUCGCAGAGCGGAAAAGUCUGAAAGGAACCAGAGGGCAUAAAAGCCGAAAGAGGAAACGAGCUUACUCGAAAAAUGAUGCUGCAGAAGAUGAGGACUUUGUUCCAGACGUUGAAGAAGAUGAUGAGGUUGAGGAGAUGGAGGAUGAAGAAGAAGCAGAGGACUCUGACUCAGACUUUAGGGCAGUUAGAAGAAGUCCAGCGACUUUUCACAUCAGUGCACAGACAGGCCCAAAUGUCAGAACUCCCAAUGGGCUCACCACCAGCAACAUGAGAAUAGUUUGGGAUGCCACUGACACGACCAAGAAAUUCCGGGAGGAGCACUACAGCAGCUGGGUGUUCCCAGAGUGGGUCCCCUGCAUCAAUGACUGGCAACUCGUACCGCAAAGUGAUGUGGAGAAAUACCUGCCCCAGGAGCUUCAGUCGGCUGCUUUCAAAGUGUCCAGAGAAGGCCUCAGUAAGGAGGAGACACCUCUGCAAAGACUCAGCAGGUUCACAGCGCUGCCUGCUCACGAGGAUCGCUGGGACAUGGUGCUGUAUGCAGCGGGACCGGUGUGGGCCAUGGAGUGGUGUCCUACACCCGAUGGUGCUCCAGCAUCACAGUACAUCGCUCUGGCCUGCCAUCGAGGGAUGGACGACCAGCACCGUGUCAACAAGAUGUACAGUGGACCUGGACUGGUCCAGCUGUGGGACAUGGGCUCACUGGAGUACGACUGCAGACCGGAGUCCCAGCCAGCCUUGGCCUACGGCUUGGCCCAGGACAAAGGCUUCAUCUGGGAUCUAAAGUGGUGUCCUGCAGGAGGCUGGGAGCUUCCCAGCUGUGGCAGAAAGGCUCCUUUCCUGCCCAGACUGGGUCUUCUUGCAGUUGCCACCUCCACUGGCGUGGUCACCAUUUACAGCCUGCCCCACCCUGACGCUCUGCAAUCCAGCACGAAGAUGGCUAACUCUGGAAAAGCCAGUGAACAGUUGCCAAUAUACCAGGCAGAAGGAGUGUUAACACUGAAGCUGGGCUCCUUCAAAGCUCCUCGUCAUGAAAAGAGUGGACAGAUCAUGUCUAUGGAUUGGCUGCCUGAAAAACCACACAAUGUAAUCGCUAUUGGAUUCUAUGAUGGUAUAGUAGGUCUGUGGAAUCUGUCCACUAAGUCAGCACUGUUGCGAGUGCGAGAGUCAAGCAGGUCACUCAGCCUGUUGCCCUAUCGAUGCCUCCUGGCUCACGACGGCGGCGUCCGCGCCCUGGCCUUCUGUCCCGCCUCCAGGUACCUGUUGGUGACAGCGGGAGAAGACCGCUACAUAAAGACGUGGGAUCUGAGGAGACUCUAUCAUCCCGUCACUGUUCAGAAACGCUAUCUGACCAACGAGAUCUACUGGCCAUUGAAUGCGCCUGGCCUCGUGUUGGCUCAGGAGAACGCCUACGCUGCGCAUGGUUCACAAGGAGUCCAUUACUUUGACCAUUACAUGCGUGCAAUCUUCGCCAUUCCCAGGACAGCCUCUCUUUGGUCCAUAUCUUACACUGACUGGUUGAACACUGUGAUAACAGCAGACAGCCUUGGUGAAGUGAUCCUUUCCAUGCUACCUCAUAUAAGCACCUAUCCUCAGUACAUCAAACGCACGUUAGACAGACGUUUUCCCAUCUACUUCACGUCUCUGGUGCCUCAUGAUAGAAAAGAAAAUCAAGAGAUAGGAGAAGAGCAGGAGGAGGGAGACGCUGCUGAAGAGCAGAAAGGAGGAGAGACAGAGGGGCCGGAUGUUGGAUCUGAAGAGGGGAAUGAGAACAGUAAUGGAAACGGAAGAGAUAGAGGUAGAAAGGAUCAAUUUCCCCCUCUGCGGUUCCAGAAGUACAAAGAGGCUGUGAAGAAAUACUUCCUUCACCAUACAGACAGCAAUAUGCGGACUUUUGCAGGUGGCGAGAAGCGAGCUAUAUGGAAACGCAUGAAAGACACAGAGAUGAAGAGGAGGCUGAACUUGGACGAGAAGCCAUUAGCUGCACUACACAAGGUGCGUUUCAACCCAAACAUGUGCUGCCAUACCUGGUUAGCAGCCGGGGGCCAGACGGGGCUGGUCAGGUUGAUCUGUCUGAGGUCUAUGAUCAGCUCCCACGCAAAGAAGGUGAUAAGUGAGAACCAGGCCCAGUUCAACGCUCUGUACUCACCAAAAGACCAGCAGGAGGCUGCCCGAACCGUGACAGACAAGCUAUAGCAAGAGUUGAGCUUCACUGCAGAAUCAGAAGGUGGAUCACAAAAACACAGACAUGCCAAAAAAAAGUAGUUUUAAGAAUGAUAAGGACAAUAAUAUUUUACCGGCAUAAUUUUGCUAUUUCAACUGGAUUUCAAGUGUCCAAAGGUCAUCUUAUGAUAUAAAGCAAAUGAUUGAUUUGCAGGUUUUGUGGGCAGCUAGAUGGUACUCUUUCAUGAACUUUGAACCUGCUCUUAAAAUUCUGUCUGAAAGUGCUUCAGGAUAAUAACGAACCACAGGUAAGAGUGUACAUCUAUAACCUUUCCACCGCCACACUCUUGUGUUUCCACAGACUAAACACCAUUUUAAUUUUUUAAUUUCCCACCGAAUGUCUCAUAGACAUCAUUUUUACACUUUUCCUACACCCGAUUAAUAUGAAAAGUGACCGUGUAUUUGCUUCCAAGAAGUUUGAGCCGCUGGUUGUUAAGUGCCUUGCUUCAGACGUGCCACAUUAGCAGAUUCCAAAUUAUGAUUACUGACUCCAAGUAUGGCUUCUGGUUGCUCCAGUUUCUCUUAUUUGACAUACAAAUUUCAAACAUGGCAGUGAAUCCAAGGCAAUUGAAAUGUAAAACAUCAAC